GAAACUAACAUAACAUUGUAAAGCAAUUAUACUCCAAUAAAGAUGUUAAAGAAAAAAGAAUGGGUAGGACUGCAGGGUGGCACCAGAGAAUUGGCCCAACACAAAAGGCUCAGCCCACUUUGACCCAAAGGGCUUGAAACUACCUUCCCCACAGAUACAGAAGCAGAGGGUGGAAAGGCCCCCCGUGGCUGCCGAAGCUCUGGAGGGAGAGUGGGUGCCUUGAGCCCCAGAGCCGCCUGUGUGCACAGUCGCGUGUGUGUAACUGUACUCCCUGGGGGGCCGUCAGGCGGUAGCAGAGAUGUCAGCACAGGAUCCCUGGAGAUUGUCUGAGCUGCCCUUGGCAGUGACGGCUGUUUCUCACGAGCAGACUCUUUUUCAAAUGCCUGAAGAGUUUUCAUAGUGAUCCGAGGAGACCCUCUGAUAAAGCCCUUUCUUUUCCUCUGUGUUUCUCAGCGGCGCCAGGCUCUAAAGUGGUCAGGUAUCAUUUCACUGUUAGGAUGGGCAAAACAAAAGCAGAUUACACUAGUUUUUAAAACAGCAGCUGCACAAAAGGUACAGAAACAGAGGUCCAGAAGUGAACUCCAGUCAUGGUGUUGGCACUCUCCCCUCCCCUGUCACUCCAGGACAGGAGGCUGGGGGUGGCUGCCACGACCUGCCUGUGUCCCCCGGACUGUGUGUGGCCUUGUGCCAGGCGUGUGCCAGCCAUCAGCGGCUUCAGCCCUGCUGCAGUGUGGGCGUGUGGUCAGCUGGUUACUCCUGGCCCCCGAGAGCCGCAGCUGAGACCUGGCAUUUAGGGAGCUGCAGCCACACCAGAAUGCUGGGGUCAGAGUUCCCUGUGACUGUCUCUAAGCUGGGGUCACUGGCCAUCCCAGACCCACAUCUUCUGGAAUUCAGUGUAAAAGCUGUACCAUUGGGAUGGUUCUCCGACUGUGGAGCGACACAAAAAUCCACCUUGACGGAGACGGUGGAUUCAGCGUCAGCACGGCAGGAAGGAUGCACAUCUUCAAGCCCGUGUCUGUCCAGGCCAUGUGGUCUGCCCUGCAGGUCCUCCACAAGGCCUGCGAGGUGGCACGCAGGCACAACUACUUCCCCGGGGGCGUGGCGCUGCUCUGGGCCUCCUACUACGAGAGCUGCAUUGGCUCCGAGCAGAGCUGCAUCAACGAGUGGAACGCCAUGCAGGACCUGGAGUCCACGAGGCCCGACUCCCCCGCCCUGUUCGCGGACAAGCCAACUGAAGGGGAGAGGACGGAGCGUCUCAUCAAAGCCAAACUCCGGAGCAUCAUGAUGAGUCAGGACCUGGAGAACGUGACGUCCAAGGAAAUCCGUAAUGAAUUAGAGAAACAGAUGAACUGUAACUUGAAAGAAUUCAAGGAAUUCAUAGACAACGAGAUGCUCCUUAUCUUGGGACAGAUGGACAAGCCCUCCCUCAUCUUCGACCACCUUUAUCUCGGCUCUGAAUGGAAUGCAUCCAAUCUGGAGGAACUGCAGGGCUCAGGUGUUGACUACAUUUUAAACGUCACUAGAGAAAUAGAUAAUUUUUUCCCUGGCUUAUUUGCGUAUCAUAACAUCCGAGUCUAUGAUGAAGAGACCACAGACCUCCUCGCCCACUGGAACGAGGCGUACCAUUUUAUAAACAAAGCAAAGAGGAACCACUCCAAGUGCCUGGUACAUUGCAAAAUGGGCGUCAGUCGCUCUGCUUCCACGGUCAUAGCCUACGCGAUGAAGGAAUUUGGCUGGCCCCUGGAGAAAGCCUACAACUACGUGAAGCAAAAACGCAGCAUCACACGCCCCAACGCGGGCUUUAUGAGGCAGCUGUCUGAGUAUGAAGGCAUCUUGGACGCCAGCAAACAACGGCACAACAAGCUGUGGCGCCAGCAGCCUGUGGAUGACCCAGCGGGGCCUGGGGACUUCCUGCCGGAGACCCUGGACGGCAGCCCGGAAGCCCAGCCGCCCUGCCUGGAUGCCGCCGCCCAGCCUGGGUUCCCGGGCAGCGGGACCCCGGGGGGACCCGCUCUCCCCUGCUGUCUCCAGCGACUCUCAGACCCCCUGUUGCACUGCCCCAGAGACGAGACGGGCGGCUGGGUCCACCUGGAGGAUCUGGAGAGGGAUGCUCUGCUGGAAGAAGCCGCUCAGCCGGCAGAGGCAUCCAAGCCGGCCGGACACGCCCCAGGAGGUCCUGGACUCUGUGAGAAGGAAGUGAAGAAGAAACCAGAGUUUGGGAGCCCCCACGCCCGGGGUGGCGCGUCGCCGCAGGUGGAGGAGAUGGAAAGGGAGGAGGCCCCGGGAGCAGGGAAGUGGGGGCAGCCUGUUACUGAGCUCGAUAACCUGCUGAAUUGGGAAAACCUAAAUAACAACAACAGCAAGAGGAGCUGCCCGGACGACUUCGAGCACGAUGCGAUCUUUGGGAUCCUUAACAAAGUGAAGCCUUCCUACAAAUCCUGCGCCGACUGCAUGUACCCUGCAGCCAGCGGGAUUCCCGAGGCCUUCGGGGAGCGAUGCAAGAACCCCGGUGCUCCCGCCAUCUGCACCCAGCCCACCUUCCUGCCCCACCUCACGUCUUCCCCCAUGGCCCAUGUGGCCAGCAGGUCCCGAGCUUCAGAGAAACUGUCCUCUGGCCCAACCGAAACUCCCCCAUGCCUACCACCAGCAGGCUCGAGGAGGCCAGACAUCAGUAGCCCUGGGGCUGGGGCUGCCCCAGAGCUACCAGCCAGCCUUUUGGAACCUUCCAGAGAGACUCACAAAGUCCUACCAAAGUCCCUCCUUUUGAAGAAUUCUCACUGUGUUAAGAACGCUCCCAACAUGGAAGUAGCGAAGGACGACUCGCCACCCAAGAAAGAUCCGAAGCCAGCCAAGGACCUGCGGCUCCUGUUCAGUAAAGAAGCCGAGAAACCGACAGCCAACAGCUACCUGAUGCAGCACCAGGAAUCCAUCAUCCAGCUGCAGAAGGCGGGCUUGGUCCGUAAGCACACCAAAGAACUAGAGAGGCUGAAGGGCACGCCGGCCGACCUGGCGGCCCCCUGCAAGGAUGGCCCCGCCAGCAGGCUGGAGGCCAGCAUCCCCGAGGAGAGCCAGGACCCGGCUCUGCCUGGCCAGGCCCAGGGCGACGAGAAGCCCGAGGCUGGCCCCCCUCCGUCAGAAGGAGCCCCACUGAAGAGCCCCCCGCUCUUCCUCUGCCGCCCAGACCACACCAGUCACUUCUCAAAAGACUUCCUGAAGACCAUCUGCUACACCCCGACCUCAUCCUCCAUGAGCUCCAACCUGACCCGGAGCUCAAGCAGCGACAGCAUCCACAGCGUCCGUGGGAAGCCCGGGUUGGUGAAGCAGCGCACGCAGGAGAUCGAGACCCGGCUCCGGCUGGCAGGCCUCACGGUCUCAUCCCCGCUCAAGCGCUCUCACUCCCUCGCCAAGCUCGGGAGCCUCAACCUCUCGACGGAGGACCUGUCCAGCGAGGCCGACGUGUCCACCGUGGCUGACUCCCAGGAUGCCAGGUUGAGCGAGUCUUCCUUCUUGCAUGAGCCCCCAGUGGCCCCCAGGAACCCAACUGCAACCUCUAAACCAUCAGGGAAAUCUGCCCCGGAAAACUUGAAAAGCCCUUCGUGGAUGAGCAAAAGCUGACCCGCCUUUGGCUGCGUUUGGACUUCUGUGAUCCCUCCUUUAGUUUCACUGUGGAUUUUGGUCCACCCCUUCUGUCUUGAUUUCCUUUAAAUAAUUGGCGUUAUCCUUACUUUUCCUCCCCUCUUGCGGCAAA